CCUCUCGCCGCACACUCUCUCUCAUAUCUUGGAAAUUAUGCGUGAAAUCAUCAUCGUCAAGUGUCACCAUGUUCUUGCAAGUGUUUUUCACUCUCUGUGGCCUCAAUGUGGUGGCUAAUAUCAGCUACGUCCAAGCGAGGAAAAAAGAAAACUCUUUGAUCUGCUGUUUGGUUUUGGAGAAGAUAUGUCCCUCUUUUCUUUUCCUUUGUUUAAUUGUGAUAUGCCUCUUUAGUCCUCUAGAUUCUCUACCUGGAAAUAUUGAAUCUUGACUAUGAACAGUUGCCUAAAUCUAUUCUGUAGAUGUGAAUGCUCAGCUAAUGGCGUUUCAGAUUCAUGGGUUAAGAGGAAAACCGUCUCCUGGAUUAUGAGAUUCUCGGUUCUUUUGAGAGGGGCAAUGAUAUGUCGGUUUUCACAAUGUCAUGCCUCUGUGAAACUGCAUGCAUUUAGAUAUGUUGUAACCUGCGUUUUUACCCGUGUAGGGGGAAGUUUGUCUUGAUUUUCCUCUUCGUCUAUGCAGAUACACGAUAUCUUGAUUAAAUCUGUUCUCGAUGUGAUGUUUUUGCACGCAUACGAUCGGUGCUUACGUCUUAAAAAUUUCCCGUUUCUUCAUGGCACAAGAUUCUGUGGCAUGGAGCCAACUAUUUAUGUCGAACCAUGAGAAGAUUUAACGUUUGCAGUUCCCAUGUCUUCAGGCCAACUGUGAGAAGGAUCUGUCCCUGUGGACGAGUUGAAGGGCCAACAUGAUCGUGGCUGAACCACGUAUGGAUUUCAAUCCGAAUAGUAAGCAAUCUUGCUCAGCAAGAUUAUCACCCAAAAAAGAGAAAAAUCCCAUUGUAAAACACGAAGAGUAUAGUUUGACGUGUGAGACAGCUCGUGCAAGUGCAGAAACUCUGAGUUUAACGUCUGAUCAGAAUCUGGAGGUUGAUAUAGCAGAAAGUGACGAUGAGAUUGACCCGAAAUUGAACAAGGCUGAGGACCCAGAUGCUACUGAAUAUUCAAGCUCGUUUGCCGAUACCACAUCUGACGCUGACAUGUGCAAUGGAAUCACUGAAGCUGAGGUCGAGUCUCAUUUUUUCGAUGACCUCGGACCUGCUUAUGAUUCAUUUGGCAGCAUUUUUCAUUUUAGGAAAAAGAAGCUGACAAGUCACUGGAGGAGCUUCAUCCGGCCGCUGAUGUGGCGUUGCAAAUGGACUGAAUUAAGAAUCAACGAAAUCGAAUCCCGGGCAUUAGAAUAUUCAAGACAGCUAGAAGGAUAUGAUCAAACAAAGCCUGGGACAGUUGAUCCGUCCAUGUCAGAAACGUGUGGGAUAAAGUCCAUCCCUUUUUCGAAUCCAUGCUACAGAAAAAGUGCGGCAAAGAGGAGGAAGCGUAAGAGGGUCGAGGACACAAAUGAUAUAGCAUCAUAUCUAGCCCAUCACAACCUGUUUUCUUAUAUCGAAAAGAAGAGAUUGAGUUCAGAUGGAAUUGCUUUGGCUGAUGACUUUGGUGCGAAGGACCAGCAUGUUGACCUGAAGAACCGAAUGGAUUUCUCUGACGAGCAGUCACUUCUUGAUUACCGAGAUGGGGACGGUAUCCUUGAGCAGGUUCUCUGGAAAAUUGAGUUGGCACAUUCUCAGGUUAACAAACUGAAAAGUCAGCUCGAUGUUUUGAUGUCCAAGAACGCUGCCAGGUUUUCCUCAUCGGAGAAUCUGAGCCUUCUUGCAGCGAGUUCGGCCCCUAGUCCUACGAUCUCAGCCGGAACUGGUGAUGUAAUGUCGGUUGGAGCUAUAUACAAUUCUGAGCAUAUACCAGAAUACGUUCUCGAAGACCUGGUUUUCUCUGAAAGCGCCAUUUCAAGCUACAGAGAGGUGUUUCAUGUUCCUGACAUAAUCGAGAGUACUGUUGGGCUGUUGUCUGCUGCAGAUGUCACAUUCCAUGAGUCCCAGAUCGGAGAUUCAUGUGAAAAUAUUCUGGAUAACAUCUUAAUACACAACGGAGUGGCUGAAGAAAUGGAGCCGACUUUCAUGGAGACAAGUCCUCAACCGCCAUUGGAGCAAGUCAAUGGAACCGUGAAACGGGAGGAAGUAGUAGAGACCAGCAUGCCUUUGCAAAUUCUUCAGCAGACAGCACCUCAUGAAAAAUCGGUUCUUAGAUCAUGUUUAGCCAACGAAAUACUAGUCCCCAGAAACAAAAGGACACGAGGGGAACGCAAGGCCAGUUCUUGGUGCAAGCAACAUCCUAAUGACCCAGAAAGCCAGUGACUGAUACCUAUACAACCAUGGAUGGAUGUUUCAGAAGAAUAAGUUGCAGGACAUGGGAUUCGAGCAAAUAACUUCCGGCUCAUAACCACAGGACCAUGACCCAUCUCCGAACUGUAGGAGGAACUAAACUGAAACUCAAAGCCAGACAGAGUUUCUGUAACUUAACACCAAAAGGCUCCGGCUUUUCUGUUUCCCGAGCAAACCCUUCUUAAUAGGAUCAUGUAACUUUCUCUCUCUCGUUCCAUAAAUUCACAACUGUUGAAGAAAAGUUUGAUAAUGCACAUAAUCUGGAUAGGCGCAGUCCCCAGUCUUUUGUCCGAUCUGAGAUAUCACCGUACAGCGAUCUUUGAUGUCUGAAGGAAGAUUGUGAUUGAAAGAAACAGGAGGUGCCGUGGACGUUCCUCUCUUGUUGGGUUGAGAUUGAAGUUCACUUCCAUGGUCUUUGUCAUUGUCAGAAAACAGGCGGGAAAAAAAAGGAAGCAAAAUACAGAAAUUCUUCUCA